AUGGCUAAGGCCGCUCAGUUUGAUUCGGAUGCCUUCGUUGGUCAGAAGCCAGACAUGACGCCAUCCAUGGCCCAUCUAACACUCAGUGAAGAACUUGGAGGCUCCAACCUGUCACUGAAUAAACGGAGCAUGGUGCUGGACGAGGACAGAUUUGAAGACCUGUUUCUCAAAUGCUUUAUCUGUAAAGAGCGGUUCACAAACACGUCGCUUCCCAGGAUGCUUCCUUGCCACCAUUCAUUCUGUCAAUCUUGCAUCAAUCAUUUAUUUGACCUGGCGAAGGAACAUAAACAUUCAUUGCAAUCCACAAUCCGUGGAUUGUCAUAUUCGGUGCCACCAGGGGCGGUCAGUGUAGCUUGCCCAACAUGUAGAGCCACCUUCAUUGCCACCAGUGAGACGAUAAAAAGACUUUCCACUGACCACCGGGUGGUACAGCUGAUGGACUUUGUCCAUCAUACAGAUCACUGCACUGUUACAUUCUGUUCCAGACACAACCUUCAACCUUUGAACUUCUUCUGUGAACCUUGUCUUCUACCGUUGUGCCGAGACUGUACGGAACUUGAUCACAAAGAGGAUGAUGGCCAUUUAGUCAUCGACCUGGAAGAUGCAAUGACUAAGUAUACUCCAGUUCUAGACAGCGCCAUCACUGAGAUGGAAGCAGAAAUUAUCUCCCUGGAAGAGAAAGGAAUCAUUUUGGAGUCGGUGACAAACCAUUUGGACAGCGUCAAAAGUGACCUUAUCGGGCAGGUACACUCCUGCAUGGCCAGAAUGAGAGAACUGUUGAAUGAACGAGAGAAAGUUCUGAUUGCUAAAGUUCAUCAGGAAACUGAAAAAGAGCGCAAUAAGUUGAUAGAGAAAGCAGCACUGUUAGAUAGCCGGCGGGAAAUUAUUGUUGAGAAAUCUAGCAAGCUUCGGCAAGCCAAAGACAACGGUCAUGUUGAGGAAAUGUUCCGAAUCCAUCAAGAUGUUCGUGAGUUUCGGGCCGAGCCGGCAGUCAGAAUUCGAGAAAUAGAUGACGGACUCAUGACAUCAUUUGUUCUUAACACGCGUGAUGAGGCAAUGUUGGCUUCUCGCAUCAACAACUUUGGGGAUGUGGUUAGCAAGGUAGAAACAACAUCAUCUAGAGUGAAGACAAAGGUCAGCACAUUUCUAACGAGACCAAGCUCUUAUAAAUAA